AUGCAAUAUCUUAUUAAAAUUUGGAAGAUACCUUAUGUCAAACCUACCUCAGCUUUUGCAGAUGCAAAUAUUGCAUUAAAGAAACCCACCAAGCUUUCCUCUGUAUUUGAGCAAUAUAACUCUACAUAUGCCCUUGAUGGAGAUAGGUCAGAUAGAUCAAUUCAUGGGGAUUUUAUCUGCGCGCAGUCAGACAGUGUAGCUAAUCAGCAGUCAUGGUGGGCAGUCGACCUUCAAAAUGUUUAUGUCAUUAAUGAUGUAGAUAUUUUUGGACGUACAGAUUGUUGCUAUGACGCUUUCGCUAACUUUGAUGUUGAAAUUAUUUUGCCAACAUGUACAUGCAAUCAUUGGAAUAAUCUAGAGGAAGGAGAUAAAAUUAAUUGUCACUACCAGGAAACAGAAAGUCAGAAAAUCACGGUUACCUGCCCUUCUAACACUAUAGGAAGGUAUGUCAGGAUUAAACGCCGUGAUACGGUAUACUUAAUCAUUUGUGAAGUAGAAGUGUAUGGAAAUCCAUUAAACAGCCUUCGUGAAUCAGGAUGGAGACAAGUAUGA